AUGGCGCCGUCUGCCACAUCAGCUUGCCACCCUCCAUUAGGGCGGCAGGCCCAGUUACAGUUAGCCAGCCCAAAGACCUCAAAAACCUACGAAGACGAAGGCCACACAGCAGCGGAGGCUGGUUGGGGGAUCCGUGGAAUUAAUCGCCGCCGCCGAUGGCCGCUGUGUGGCGGCGCCGCCGUUUCUCGACUCCUCCGCAGCGCCGCCGCAAUCCUCUCCCAUCCUCCGCCUCAACGACGUCCGAGGAGGUGUUCGGUCGGCUUCUUCAGCGCCCCUCUUUUCGUCGGAGGUUCGUCUCUUGAGAGGGGAGUCAUCACCGCCGGUUGGUUGGUCGCCCAUGGGGACAUUGGAGGCAGGACAUACUUCAUUGUAUACACACUCUCAGAGUCUUCAGUGUACACUCAAGAACCCUCAAGGCAGAUUAUGUGCCUAAUGCACCAGAUUACAUUUUUACUACAUGGUUUUUACUUGCUGAGAGUGAAGCAGCUUGGCGAGCCUCUUGAAUUCCUCCCUUUAUAUCCUGCUUCCAACUACUAUUGGCCUCGCUUCAACAAUCAAGUAUCAAGAUGCUAUGUAUUGGCUUCACACGAUAGGCGCUUCAACAAUCAAUACUGUCAUUCUAAGACCAGAGGGAAUGUAAUACUUGAUGGUAUCAGUGCACAAUACUUUCUUCUGCAAGUAAAACCAGAAACUGGUGGUCUUAUUUGUUGACAUAAACCAGCUGUUUACAAUAGUCAAGUCAAACGAAAAACUGCAACUCCACACUGAAGUAAAGCCGUACUACUAGUUGAUUUCUGCUGUGUCAUGUGGAAGUCUUGCAAGUGCAUCCUGAUCCUGGUGUACUCAGAGCUCUACUUCUAAUGGCCUAUGCGUACCAUGCCAUGUGAGACUCUUUGAAAUGCAUUCUAGUUCUUGUGA